GGCCCGGGACGAGGUUUCAUCGCCUUAAAUGGUUUUGAACCAAUGAAGCUGGAUUCUCUUAAAAAAGACGGACAGCCCAUCGUGUGAACUAUAGAGUUUGUGGACUUAUUUAUGUUGGGCGCGUAGUGGCGUAAUGCCCGCAGACUCCUGCGAGGGCCCCUAAGUUCUUAGAGGACUGCUUUGCCUUUUGAAUCAGAGAGGUGCAAAGUUCGAUAAAGAAUGGCCCUUGUGGAUAAGCACAAAGUCAAGCGACAGCGAUUGGACAGAAUUUGCGAAGGCAUCCGCCCCCAGAUCAUGAACGGCCCCCUGCACCCCCGCCCCCUGGUGGCGCUGCUCGACGGAGACUGCACGGUGGAGAUGCCCAUCCUGAAGGACUUGGCCACCGUGGCCUUCUGCGACGCACAGUCCACCCAGGAGAUCCACGAGAAGGUUUUAAACGAGGCGGUCGGCGCCAUGAUGUAUCACACCAUCGCGCUCACCAGGGAGGACCUGGAGAAGUUCAAGGCCCUGCGGGUGAUCGUGCGGAUAGGCAGCGGCUACAACGUCGACAUCAAAGCUGCGGGGGAACUCGGGAUCGCCGUGUGCAACAUCCCAUCCGCGGCUGUGGAGGAGACAGCGGACUCCACCAUCUGCCACAUCCUUAACCUGUACCGGAGGAACACCUGGCUGUACCAGGCGCUGCGGGAAGGCACGCGGGUGCAGAGCGUCGAGCAGAUCCGGGAGGUCGCCUCGGGGGCCGCGCGCAUCCGCGGGGAGACGCUGGGCCUCAUUGGCUUCGGUCGCACGGGGCAGGCGGUUGCCGUUCGAGCCAAGGCCUUUGGAUUCAGCGUCCUAUUUUAUGACCCCUACUUGCAGGAUGGGACGGAGAGGUCCCUGGGCGUGCAGAGGGUCUAUACCCUGCAGGACUUACUGUACCAGAGCGACUGCGUCUCCCUGCACUGCAAUCUCAAAGAACAUAACCACCACCUCAUCAAUGACUUCACUAUAAAGCAGAUGAGGCAAGGCGCCUUCCUAGUGAAUGCGGCCCGCGGCGGACUGGUGGAUGAGAAAGCCUUAGCCCAAGCCCUCAAAAAAGGCAGGAUACGAGGGGCGGCCCUCGACGUGCACGAGUCGGAGCCUUUCAGCUUUGCUCAGGGUCCUUUGAAAGAUGCACCGAAUCUCAUCUGUACUCCGCACACAGCCUGGUAUAGUGAGCAAGCCUCACUGGAGAUGCGGGAGGCGGCCGCCACUGAGAUCCGCCGGGCCAUCACAGGUCUCAUCCCAGAGAGCUUAAGAAACUGUGUGAACAAGGAAUUCUUUGUCACAACAGCUCCCUGGUCAGUAAUAGAUCAGCAAGCAAUUCAUCCAGAGCUCAAUGGUGCCACAUACAGAUACCCGCCAGGCAUCGUGGGCGUGGCUCCGGGAGGACUUCCUGCUGCCAUGGAAGGGAUCAUCCCCGGAGGCAUCCCGGUGACCCACAACCUCCCCACAGUGGCACAUCCCUCCCAAGCUCCCUCUCCCAACCAGCCCACGAAACACGGGGACAAUCGAGAGCACCCCAACGAGCAAUAGCAGCGAGUGAUGAAAGGUAAUCAUUCAGAUACACCUGGGACCAAGAGACAGUGAAAAAUGAACUAAGAGAAAAGGAAUUUGACAGUCUUUUUAACUGAUUCUGGACAUAUAUGCAUCAUUGACGUUGCAGUGUUACAGCUACAAAAGAGCUAGAAGCCGAGAAGUGGGAAAACUGAAGAUGUCGUCUGCUUGCAGAAGCGCUGAGAGAGACUAGGACGUGAUUUAUUAACGACCAACUUCUGUUAUUGUGUGUUAAGUUUUUCAUCUGUGCAUCAAAUCACAAAGAAUAAAUAUAGAUCUUUUUCCUUUAUCAGUCCCUUGGGCACAGGAGGUCCUGAACACCUUGCUCUAGAAUGUUGCAUCAAGAGUUCCAAACAUCAAAAUAAAAUAUUAAAGAGGAAAUCCCCACCCUAUGACUCUAGUCCCUUCGGUCCACGGGGCUGGUUACCUCUUUUGCUAAUAGGAAGAUUCAAUUAUUACAAAAUGGGGAGAACGCGGUCUGCCUGUGUUAGACACCGCGAGCACGGGAUUGAAGACAGCACAGGCUCCUGUACAGAGAAUUCUCCCACCUGAACUGCAUACUGAGCGGGCAAGUUGGUUGUGAGUUCAGUGAAACCCUCUGAUGAUGCAAAAAAAGAAAAAAGUAUUAAGUUUCACAAGCUGUUUGUACUCAAAUAUAUUUUCUCAGUUUCAGAUCCUCAGCUAUUUUAUUGAGUGGAAAGUCUUGAACUGAAAGGGUUCAAGAAGAAUAAUGUUGCAUUUCCUUAUGUCUCAGGAAACACUUUUUAUGGUAACUUGUCAGAUUGUCUAUGAACAAACCCACUUUUUUAGACAUUGAUAAAGUCUUCUUUUCUUCACGUGAUAUUUUAUACAAGAACACUUCAGGUGUGUUAUUAGAUGUGACUGAUUUUAACAAAUCCUAUUAGAUUUGUAUCAACUAGUUACAUGUUAUAUUCAUAGUCUUUUGUGAAUCAUCGCCUUUUUUGUUUAAAAGAUGGCCUAUUUUGAGCCUUUGUAUAGGUACAUUCCUGUUUU